AUGACCUUCACAAUCAGACCUAUUGAAGAGAAAGACAAGCAGGAAUGGAUCGAGUUGUGGAGUGGCAAGGAUUCGUAUUUGGAGUUUUACAAGUCGUUGGACAAGGUGUCGCCCGAAGUGACAGAAUGUACAUUUGGCCGUUUUUUCGACGAGAAGGAGCCGGUCUAUUCUUGCGUGGCUGAAAACGAAAACGGAGAACUUAUCGGGUUUGCCAAUUACCUCACCCACAGAAAUACGUGGACCAUCGAAGACGCCUUGUACUUGAACGAUUUAUUUGUUAGUCCCAACUCGAGACUUCAUGGUGUGGGGCGCGCCUUGAUCGAAUUUGUCUAUGGCGAGGCAGAUAAGAAAAACUGCAAGAAGGUCUAUUGGAGCACGCAGUUUGAGAACCACCGGGCACAAUUGUUGUACACCAAGGUGGGAGUUAAGAGCGGCUUUUUACUCUACCGCCGGCCGGACUGA